AUGUCUGAUCGAAGAGAGGAAAUUCAAUCGGAACAGGUGCCACUGAAAUCCGAUAUCGAUCCGGGAAAUCUAAAAGUCGAAAAUAAAUCUACAAAGGAAGAGAGUGGUGAUGUUGAUAAGAAGAAGCAUAAAAAGAUUUGUAGAAUUUGGCAACGAAAAAGUCCACGAUCGUAUAAUUUUGAAAGAGAGAAAGAUGAAACGAAAAAAUCAAGAGUGAAAAUUAGAAUGGGUUUCGAGAAUCGCGAUGAUAAGGGUCUCAAUAAUCAUAUUGUCAUGGAUUUCGGAAAAGUAUUCGCGGAACCGGAUGGAAGUCAUUCGUUCAAUUGGACUUGGCUUGCAACUAAUCGAAUUUUUACGGCUACAAGUGUUAUUAUUUAUAAGUUGCUGGCUGCUUUUAUCGCUAUACCACUCGCCGUAUUUUUCGGCAUUUUAUUUGCGAUUUUCGCAGUAAUUAGUGUUUUCUUGUGCACACCGCUUGGAGUGUUACUUGGAAUACCACUGAAUGCUUUUUCUAAGAGUUGGGACUUCGUCGUAUGCAGAUUUCUGAACCCAAUUAUCAAAUCGAUUUGCUACCAAAGAAAAAAUGAAAAAAAUGCUAUUAUACUAAAUGCUUGA